AGAAACUUGUUGCUAAAAGAUCUCUUAGACAUUCGAUGGAGAAAAACACCGAAGAAAGAGAAACUCCUCAGAUGCAAGCUAUUCGUGAGAAGAUGCUUAAAAAGAAAGAGAAGGAAAGCACAUCUAAAGCACAAAGUCACAAAUCAUUGAAAGAUUCUAUGAAAUCAUUACCUUUGAAAAAUAAAACUAUGACUCCAUCACCAUCUAAGUCUGAAAGUGAUGAAGGUGUGAAAACAACUUAUACGCCGCAAAUGCAAGUAAUUCUUCAAAAAAUACAAGAAAAAGCAAAAAGUGUGCCUAGAGUGAAAAAGAAUCAAGAAAUUAAGAACAAUAAUAAUAAGAAUCAACAAGAAACAGUCAAAUCACAAAGAUCAAGAAACAAAGAGAAAACUGGAACACGAAGAAAAAUAAGUGAUCAGAGUUUGAUUGAAGGUACAUCCACAAAGCGAGGUCGAAAGUCUUUCAAGAAAAAUAUUGGAAAAGAACGUAUGGAGGAAUUAAGGAAAAGCUUAACUCUUCAAAACAGUACUGUUGAGAGUUCUGAUAGUACUGCCAAUACACCACCAGAGAGCCCUAGUUCAGUUGAUAAACAAGUAGGGAAAUUACCGAGUAUUUAUAAAAAUGCAGAAGUUAGAUUGGUACGUUUGAGGAGCAGACUGUCAACUAACAAGAUUGAAGUUACUAAAGCUUCUAUAAAUAAGAAACCAGAAAAAUUGUCUAGGGAAUCUGUAACAACAGUCAAUGAGUUAGUGAAACGAUCCAAUGAAGAUUCUUUUUAUGAAGAGAUGGAUUGGGAACCAUUAGAAGAUGAAAAAAUUACAUUCGAAGUCCAGGCUGUUAGAACACAACUUUGCACAGAACACAAUACACAUGUAUCAUGCAGUGCUCCAAGUAACAGUUUAAGUUGUCCACCACUAUCAGAACAACCAGAGAAAAGGCAGUUGUACAUUGUUGUUGACACAAAUGUGUUUUUGUCAAAUAUUGAUGCUAUUGAACUAGCAAAAGAAACUACCUUCAAAACAUUUGAUCGGAUAUUACUUGUAAUACCAUGGACUGUUAUACGUGAACUUGAUUAUAUUAAAGAUGACAACAGCAAAACGAAACCAGCAUCGUUGUGUGCGAAUGCGAGGAAAGCUAUCAAUUAUAUUAAUAAAUUGUUUUCUGCUAAACAUCCACGUGUUAUCGGCCAGACGCGAGAGGACGCCUUAAGGAAUAAAGAAAAAUUCUCUAUUGAUUGUCCAGAUGAUGAGAUUCUUCAGACCUGUUUGCAAAUUCGUGAAUUGGAAAAGUCUGUGGUAUUAAUAUCAUAUGACACUAAUCUCCGCAAUAAAGCAAUGAUUUACGAUAUUGCGACGCUUGGAAGGAAUGAUGUGAGUUUAGACACUGGUUCGAUUUUAAGUCAAGAAUACCAUAUAUCAAAUGAAGUUUUUGAUGAUACAAAGAGCAUUAUGAGAGAUUUUUUGACAGUGAUAGUCAGCAAAGAAAUGCAUGAAUUGUAUGGACAAUCUUGGGAGAAACACGUUAUCAUUAGACCACCAUGGACGACUGUAACUGUUUUACAGUGUGCUAUAAAACAUUGGAUAGCUGCUGUCAGCGAGUCGUUCUCAAGGAAAGCAGAAACUAUUUUAAAGGAAUUGCUACAAAUAUUUAAAACCACGUGUGGUGAGAGAACAUUAAAAGAAGUCAGUUGCAUCUUGAAUAAGUGCAGCGAUUUGAUUCAAUUGAUUAACAUAAGUAAACAUCCGGAUUUGAUGCUACGUGUCUCCCAGAAGAUCGAUGAAUUGAAACAAACAUGCCGUAACUUUGAAACUCAACUAAACAAUAAAAAAUUACAUGACGCGAUCGGAGUUGAGAAUGAUGUUGCGGAGCGAGAGCGUAGAGCGCAGAAAGCUUUCCAGUAUUUCGAAACAGCAUACAUUUUUGCUCGUGAUAUGUGUGGUUUGGCAGCUGAUGCAGUAAAGAUGCCGUGCAGUUUUCAUUACAGUAUUCCAAAUCCACUUCCAUCUUCGGAUUACGUAAAACAAAUACAACCAGAACUUGCAGCAAAUGUGAAUAGAUUAUUGCAAAGUUUGGGCGCCGUUCUAGAGCAAGCUAAAGAUUCUAGUAUCGACUAUCGAACGUUAAACAGUCUGUAUCAAGCACUGGUAACGUUCCUGCCUGAGACGAUGACGACAAUGAAGAUACCAGACGACGACUUGACGCCCCUAGACGUGCACUGUUGCGUGAAACAGAAAGAAGACGUAUUGAAAACAGGUUUACGUCAGUUACAGGAACUUAGUACGCAUUUCUGUAGACUAGCAAGCUGUAGAUGUACAUAAAAACUGUGUGUAUAAAAACGAUGGGAGUUCCAUUGAAGCUGAUCAUACGUUACCAAUUGUAUCUAUAGUCUUUCUGUUAAAUAACACUAACAUCGCGUAU